AUGGCGUCUCCUCCUGGGCUCGGCGGCUCGCCCGCCCAUUCAGAGAGCUUCUCUGGUCUUUUCCCUCCUCCGACUACUCCUCCACUGCAAAGGGGUCCUAUCCCGCAAAAUGAUGAUCUAGUGACUUCGGUCCCUGUGCACCCCUCCUCUCCCCUUUCGUUCGAGGGCAAUAAACCCACUUCUAUUCCCACAUCACCCGUGGCUAGACCACCAUCCCCUUCGUCGGUGGAUGGAGACUCAUUUAUAACGGUGCAAAAGAACUCUAAUAGAUAUUCACGAGGACGGCACCCUACCCAACCCCUACAAAUCGAUACCGCCGCCUCCCGGCACGGCUCCGCCUCGUACUUGAGAUCCGUGCUCGAGGACAACGACGACGAAGACGAGGGUCCUGGCUACUUUGACGAAGAAUACGAACACCAGUUCAUGAUUGGAACUCCUUUGCACAAUCGUCUAGAUAGCGAGCCGUUCAUCCCAGUCCUCAAAUCCCCUCCUCCAACGAAACGAUCUUCACGACGGGCAACGAGUAUGGCAAUACACCCGCCUAUGCACCGACCACCGCCACUACAUAUUGACGUGGAUUCGCGAUCAAUGUCAAUGUCCAUGGCCGGAGAUCCAAGGCUAUCGAAGACGCCUGGAAACAAGAUCAGCUCUUUCUUUGGCUGGAAGGGGACAGCUGGGAAUAAUAAUACAGCAACAUCCCCUGGAGGUGAAUCCUCCAGCACCGAGAUCUCCGAUUCUGGUCACUCAGCAAUGCCUUCCCCUAUGCCACCAUUAGCGAACGUCCCUUUCAAGCCUCCCUCCCCCUACGAUACCCGGAAUGGAUAUAGCCUCCCAGCGCGAACCUCACUGGGAGCUUCGAGUAUAAAGGAAAAUAUAUUUUUGUCUAAGAUGGCGGAGAUAGAAAGUGAAUUGCGCGAGAUAAGCUGCGAAUUGGCGGGAUCUAUCCGUCGAGAAAUGGACUUGGAGGAUUUAGUCGAACGACUACAAUCAGAAGUUCCGGAGAGUAAUCGCCGAACCAGUGACUAUUUCUCCGAUUCAGGUACUAGCUCUGUUCGCUAUGCUUCGGAAUCUGGGAAGAACGAAGACAUUGAGAAGAUUCGCCGAGCUGCAGAGCAAGAACGGGCACAACUGAAGGUCGAAUUAUCGCAGAAGUUACAAGAGGAACGAUCUCAGCGCUUGGCAUCAGAAUCGCAUGUCCAGAUCUUGGAAUCGCAAGUUCAACAGCUUCGGCGCGAACGAACGGAUCUGUCAGAUAUGUCGUCCAAAACCAAGGAACUUGAGACAGCCCUGGAAAAUACCAAGCGAAAGUUGCUCGAAGAGCGACAAUCAAAAGAUAAUUUCGAGGACCUUCUUACUGCCAUGCGAGUAGAGUUGGAACAAUUGCGUAAUGACCGAGAUCAACUUCGGGAUGGCAACAGGCUCGUGGAGGAAAUUGAAGCAUUAAAGAUUGAAAAUGCCUCCUUGGCUCAGCUCCAAGGUGGCCGGUUCGCUUCGAUUGCUGAGGAAGGUGCCUCCCCUACUAGAAAUUCGGGCUUUGGGUUAUCACGAUCGAGUUCCAUGGCGCGCAAGCCUAGCGGUUUAGCACGUUCGGGAUCCCUUUCUCGAUCCAAUUCGGUCAACAAUAACAGUGGUGGUAAAUCACCAGAGACUCGUGAAUCAUUGGUCGAUAAAGUCCAUGAUAUCGAGGUACAACGCGAUGCUCUCCACCAGACAUUGCGGAACCUUCUUGAUCGCCAGACAUACCAGGCUCGCGAGUAUAAGAAGCGUAUUCGAAUGCUGGAGACGGAGCUUGCUCAAGCCCAGCAAUCGGGUCAACCGAGAAAACUAGGCUAUGAGAGGGAUGUCUGUAGCCUGCGUGAUGAGGUAAACCAUCUGCGCAUGCGCGCUGAGGAUGCCCUGGACGCAAAGUGGCAGUGCGAGAAGAACCUCGCUGGUCUUAAGAUGGAUUUGGACCGAGCAGAACAGGAAACUAGCUCUCUGCGCGUGCUUUUCCGUGAAGAUACUGCUGCCGGUGCAGAGCUGAUGGCUGAUGAGGAAGGCUUUGCUGAGGUGGUGACCACAUCAUCGUCCUUGCAGUCCGCAUUCCAACAAUUGCAGGCGGAUCGAGCGAAUGUAGAGGCAAAUAUUACGGACUCGGAAGAGCUUGCUUCCUCGCUUGCUCGGGCUGAGACUUUGGGCCAUAAGGUGCAUUAUCAGCUUCAGGUCAACACCUCUCUGCAUGCUCGUCUUGCAGCGGCCAUUGAUAAGGGCGACAAAGACCAACAGAUCUCAGUUGAACGAAUCAACAUCUUGCAGAACCACAUGAGGGAGCUGGAGGAUGUUCUUUUGGCGGCGCAAAACUACUCUGAAGAAGAGAUGAGCAAGCAUGAGGACGCGAUUCGCUCGCUGAAGGAAAGCCAGAAUGCCCAACUGAUGCGCAUGAAGACUGGCGGCCGGAACCUAGUCAGCCUCUCACCGCGACCACCAACCGCACCGUUCGAUGCCCGCUUGCCGCGUUUGGAUCAAACUACUAGUGGCGAGGGCGUGCCCUUGACUGAAGUUGUCCAGUCCGAAAUGCUCGAGCGACGAGUCAAGGAUCUCGAGAAACUCCUCCGCGAUGCGGACAUGGAGAUGGAGCAAGUAGUCGGGCGGAUGAACCGCACGCAAAUUGACGUGGCGCAGCUUCAAACUGACAGAGACGACGCUCUCCGCCAAACCCGCCAACUUCAAACCGACAUCCAAACUGAGCGUGACGCCCUCAAAUCGCUCACCAAUGCCUUGUAA